UGGAAAGAGAUGCCCAUGGAAAUGGGGAAUGAGACGACUGUCCAAGAAUUCAUCUUGGAGGGGUUUCCUGCUGUCCAGCAUCUGGGAAAGGUUCUCUUCCUGGUGCACCUGUUGGCAUACCUGGCAUCCAUGGCAGGCAAUGCGGUCAUAAUCACCAUCACCUGUAUUGACUCCAGGCUCCACACACCAAUGUACUUUUUAAUCAGCGUUUUCUCCUUCAUUGAGUGUUGUUGUACAACUACUGUAAUUCCAAAAUUGCUGGUCAUCUAUCUUUUAGGAAGACAAACAAUUUCCUUUGUUGCCUGUUUUAUACAGUUCUUUGUAUUUGUGUCUAUGGGAGCAUCUGGUUUCAUUCUUUUGUCAUUGAUGUCUCUGGAUAGGUAUGUGGCCAUCUGCAAGCCUCUGCACUACCCAACUAUCAUGAACAUGAAGACUUGUCUCUUCCUCAUUACUACCUGCUUUACUUUAGGCUUUAGUGUCAUUACUGUUGUGGUAGUGAAGGUCUCCCAAUUAUCUUUCUGUGGUCCCCAUGUCAUUCCUCAUUUCUUCUGUGACAUGGCCCCCCUGAUUCAUCUCUCUUGUUCUGACACCAGAUCUGUUGAAACCAUGACUUUUGUUCUUGGUUUGAUUCUCUUUUCGACAUCCCUCAUUAUAACCAUCAUCGCUUACAGCAACAUAGUGGUCACAAUCAUUCGUCUCCCAUCAGCCAAGGAGAGACAAAAAGCUUUCUCCACCUGUUCAUCUCACCUCAUUGUUCUUUCCCUGAUGUAUGGCAGUUGUGCUUUUAUCCAUGUGAAACCAAAGCAAACAAAUAGGCUGGAAUCCAACAGGGAGGCUGCCCUCGUGAACACAGUGGUGACUCCACUGCUGAACCCUGUCAUCUACACACUAAGGAACAAGCAGGUACACCAAGCUCUACGGGAGAAAAUGUGCAGAAUAAAAAUAUCAUAA